ACGCCGAUUGGUGGACUCUUACUUUGAAGUGUACCGGAAGCGAGGGAAUCCUCUUUAAGUUCACCCUCUGUCGAGCACUUCAUUCACAGCACAGAAGCGUCCAUGGUGGUAAAAUCACAACUGGACAUCCUCACCGCGGAAAACUAGGAGGAAGCGAAAAUGGUGAAGAUAUCUUUUCAGCAAGUAACUGCACAGAAGCCCGAAAAGGAGAACGAUGGAGACAAAGAGGAAAUUCACAUGCCAUACUCUCACCAGGAUGAGUUGGUGCUCCCGGUAAGAUCUAAGAUGUCUUCCUUUAGAGGCCUUUGGUGCGUGGUGCUCGGCUUGGUGAUCUUCCUGUCAGGCUUGAUCAUUGCCUCUGUAUGCCUGUACCGACACUACUUCAGCCCGCAGAUCCCAGAGGACAGUUCGUUCCACUGUCGGGUGAUAUACGAGGACCCCCUGUUCGCCCCAUUACUCGGAAGACAGGAAUUGGAGGAGAACAUCGGCAUAUACCCGGAUGACAACUACGAGCAGAUCAGCGUGCCUGUUCCCGACUUCGGAAGCAGCGACCCGGCUGACAUCAUUCACGACUUUCACAGGGGACUCACAGCUUACUAUGAUAUUGCGUUGGAUAAGUGCUAUGUUAUUGAACUCAACACGACAAUCGUCAUGCCGCCCAGGAACCUGUGGGAGCUGCUUGUCAAUGUCAAGCGGGGGAUGUAUUUGCCCCAGACCUACAUCAUUCAGGAAGAGAUGGUGGUGACGGGGCGCAUUAGGAACAUGCGUCAGCUGGGACCCUUCAUCCACCGGCUCUGUUAUGGAAAAGAAACCUACAGACUGAGACGGCGUGGCAGCCAAAGACGAGUUGAAAAGAGGGAGACCAGGAACUGCCACAGCAUCCGGCACUUCGAGAACACGUUUGUCGUAGAGACGAAGAUUUGCGACCGACUCCUGCUGUAGUUUCCCUCCCUUCUCCUCAACUCUACUGAGCACAACCCAAAAUUGACCAGUCCCCAUCUGUCCAGCUUAACAGCACUUUAUCAGCAUGAUAAACCUGUACAUAAUGUUAGAUCAUGCCAUAUUUGUGGGUUUGUUGGUUCAGAUU